AUGGAGGACCCAGACACUCACUUAAUUCAGAUCCGCAAAGGACACCGAAUAGAACAGAUGGUUGUAAGAUGGCUACGACGGUCACGAGAUAAUUCAUCCCGUGCUAGGGUCUCUACUGGAGAGGGUCCGCCUAUUGGACCAAAUCAGUAUGGUUGCUCCUUGAAACUAACAAUAGAGAUAAAAAAGGAUGCUUACUUUGAAAACUAUGGCUUUGAUAUAUCUCCAAAUCUACCCCUUACUGUUACAGUUGUCAAUGCAGGGGGUCCAGCUGAAGGGAAGCUUUUAGCUGGUGACCAGAUAUCUGCAAUAAACAAUGAAAGUGUGGAAAACAUCCAUGUUCAGGAAGCAGCUGACAUGAUCAGGGAUUCUGUGGACAACCUUAACAUAACAGUUUUUCGAAGUACCUCAAGCCCCAAGUCAUCUUUUCUUACAGCUGAAAAAAGGGCCAAAUUAAAAAGUAAUCCGGUAAAAGUGAGAUUUGCAGAAGAGGUGAUCGUCAAUGGGCACACUCAGGGGAAUUCAAUUCUUUUCAUGCCCAAUGUCCUUAAAGUCUACCUGGAGAAUGGUCAGACAAAGGCUUUUAAAUUUGAGAAGAAAACGACUGUGAAGGACAUUAUCAUGACCCUCAAGGAGAAAUUGUCAAUCAAUGUAAUUGAGCACUUUGCACUAGUUCUAGAAGAGCAAUAUAACAUCUCAAAGCUUUACCUUCUUCAUGAAGAGGAGCUUAUGGAACAGGUAGUACAGAAGAGGGAGUCCCACGACUAUAGGUGUCUAUUCAGAGUUUGUUUUGUACCCAAAGAUCCCUUUGAGCUUCUGCAGGAGGAUCCAGUUGCCUUUGAAUACCUUUAUUUACAGAGCUGCAGUGAUGUGCUUCAGGAGAGAUUUGCAAUGGAGAUGAAAUGCAGUGUUGCUCUACGUCUGGCUGCCUUGCACAUACAGGAGCGAAUUCACACUUGUGGUCAGUCACAGAAGAUAUCAUUCAAGUAUAUUGAGAAAGACUGGGGAAUAGACAAUUUUCUGUCUCCAACAUUACUACGUAAUAUGAGAGGGAAAGAUAUAAAGAAAGCCAUCAGCUUUCACAUUAAGCGGAACCAGUGUGUUCUUGAGCCAAGACAGAAGCAACCUGUAUCUGCAGCUCAAAUCCGGGUGCAAUAUUUAAAGAUUCUUGGAGAUCUGAAAACCUAUGGAGGGAAAAUUUUUCAUGCUACGUUAAUGCUGCAGGACAGAGAAUCAUAUGUCACACUUCUAGUUGGAGCAAAGUAUGGCAUCAGUCAGAUUAUCAACAACAAGCUUAACAUCAUGAUAACUUUAGCUGAAUUCUCCAACAUAAGCAGGAUAGAGCUGACCUCGGAGUCGGAGAAAGUGAGCUUAAUAAAGGUCUAUCUACAGGAUGUUAAGCCACUUUCUCUGUUGCUGGAGUCAAAUAAUGCCAAAGACAUUGCAUGUCUCAUUUCCGGGUAUUGUAAGUUGCAAGUGUGUUCUGCUGCAUCUAUAUUUGAAUGGUGUCCUCACAGCCAAGUACAUCGUGUUUCCACUGAGGAAGGAUAUGAAUCUAGAGCAUGCAGUGAUUCUGAGGAGUCAUCAGAACUUGAUUCAUCUUUAGACCACUCAUCAGAACUCCAGUUUUUGAGACAACGCAAUAUAAAGCCUUUGCCGGAAGAAGAGGAGGAGGAAGAGGAAGACAUGCACAUGUUGAAGCAAGAUGAAGAAACCAAAGAAAGUGCUGUCAGCGAGAAGGACCAAUGUGAUUGUGGAAACAAUGAUACAGACAGUAUUUCUGAAGCUUCUGAUUCAGCUAACACAGAAAGUCAGGGUUACAAGAUUAGCUGGUCCAGUGACUCAAUCGAUGCUCUGGAAGAAGAUGACCUAGAGACGUGUUCUUCUAGCCGGCCAGAGUUCUUCCAGUUUUAUACACCCAUCUUAAAUGAUGUAACUACAGAAGAUCAGGGUGUUUUUACUGAUAAUCCAGAAAUGAAAUGCAAAGGAGAUGGGUGUGAAGAAUCGGAUCCAUUGCUGUGUUUCUUGCAGAUGGCCGAUAUCAGGGAAAACUCAAUUUUGGAUACUAAGGAAAAACCUAGAUCACCCAAAGAUGCGGACUGCAGAGAGGACCACGAAAUCCAUGUGUUUCCUGGAUGUCAGCUAAUAGAAAAAAAUGUUAUGGAAUACUAUAGCCUUUGCUCAAAUGUCUCUCCUGCCAGUAGUGUGGACAGGAACAUCCCUAGUAGCCCAGAGAGCAACUGUGUUAAGGAUUUAAUAACAGAAUGUAAACUAAAGGUAAAAGGUUGCAGGCGGCCAACAAAUAAGGAGGUUGAAGGUCUUAUCCUUGAUCCUCCUCCAGGUUUUGGUGACAGCAGUUCCGAAGAAGAGUUUUUUGAUGCUGCAGACAGAUUUACACCGACACUAACCUCUCCAGGUGCAAGAUCAGAAACGUCAUUUGUCUACCCAGAAAGUGCAUCAAAUGGAUUAUAUGUGCAAAAUUCUGCUGAAAAAUGCAGAAAGGAAAAGCAAACAAAGAAACCAUCAAAGAUGUUACGGAAAAGGAGAUCUUACUUGCAAACGGACUAUACUUCUCAGGUCACAUUCCCUUUGUCCCCCUCCAACUCUUUGGAGAACAUUGAUCAUGUAUGUUGCUUUGAAAAAGAAUCUCACCUUCCUACGGAGUCCCAUUCUCCUACAGUGUCCUCUUUGAAUGACAUUGAGGCGGAACCAGCUCUGCUGGAAAUGAAACCACUUUCAUGCAAACCCAUAUUAAAGUCCAAAAGCAGAACACAUUCACCAAGCUUAAUGGAAAUGGAGCCUGACACCAUGGAGAACAAGUCAGUUACUGAAUCUUUAUCAUCUUCCAUAUCAGCUAUACGUUUCAAAUGUGACUCAGGAGUGACAGACAGUAGUCCGAAUGCUAAAUAUUGUGUUUAUGAAUGUAUUAAUGUAGAUAAAACUCCAAAUGGUAAUAUGUCCGAACAAAAUGGUCGAGCUAGUCCAUCUGAAAUAUCACUGGAGCUGGACAACACUGACAUUUGUGGCCUAUCACAUGUUUCCUUAGUACUAGAUGAUCAAGCUACAAAAGGCUCAACAAGCCAUAUGGAGAACAUUACAGAGGAUGCUAGUGCUGUAUUUGAAAACAUAUUUAAAAGUGAAGGUGUUAAGGAAGAAAACAUUAGUUCUGUGUUGUCAUCAUUUCCUAGUAACAGAAUUUUACCAUACAUUGCUCAGUCAGAAGCUUCCUGGCAAUCCAAGCACGACACACUCAAAAUGGAGUUUAUGAAUUCUGAAGUAGACAUUUCACCAAAAGGGGCAAUUGAUAAUGAAAGUUCUCCCCAGAGUUCUAAAACACAAAAGUUGUUUAGUUUCUCAGAUGCUGGUGACUUACUUUUUGAUUUUAAAGGAAUUGAUGAUCUUUUUACUAAUUUCCCUAUAAACUCUUUUAAAGAAGGAGGGGCUGAAGCAACCAAAGUGCCUCCUUGUGAAGAGGCAGUGCAUCUUUUAAUAAAACAAGAGCCAGACUUCCUAACGUCAUUGGACCCUACAGAUGUGACAAGAAGUUCCAAUGAGAGAUGGGGCUGCUUGUCUCCAUCAGUGUGUUACUCUGAAACAGCUGUGGACACUCUGGAACUCUGUUAUGAAGAAAGUAAUGAAAAGAUAGAAUCAUGUGCUGAAACUUUGAGCUCGGAUGAGGGCUCUGAUGGACAUUCAAUGUAUAAAGAAAAUUGCAUUUCAGAAGCACAGUCAUUCAUACCAAAAUGUACCGACUCUGCCAGCAAGGGUUGUAGGCAGAAAGAGGUAUUAGAGAACAGAUGUGUAGACCUUUAUGAUUCAGAGCAAAAGAGCCCUGAUAUCUCAAAAGUAGGAAACUGUAGCUGCCAUUUAUCCUAUGCCAACUGUUUCCGCCCCAUAGAUAAUGAUGCCGAGGAUGAAAUUAUUGACUUUGCUGGAACUGCCUCACCAUUACCUAGGACAAUACCACCUAGAUCUGGAAAUUCUGUGUUUGUAGAAAAUAUUCAUCUUUCUACAAUCACGGCUAUCAAAAAGGCACCCUCUUUAGAGCACUGUGAAGCUCUGGAUCUCUUAAAAGCCAGAAUACAUGAUUCCCCUAUGGGCUUUGGCAAGCUGCAAGAUAUUGUCCUGGAUCUUCAAAGAAUCUUAGAAGAAUAUAAAAACAAGCGCAGACCACAUCUGGAGGACAAAUGUGCUGCUCUCUUCUCGGAACACAAAUCUAGUCUUUGUAUCGUCUCUCGGAAUGUGAUGUCAGCAUCACAGAAAGUGCUUAGACCAAAUCAAACACCGGAGGAGAUCUACCAAGUUGUGGAAGAAACAUUUUUCAGUUUAGUACACAUGACAGAUGUAUGUCUACAGUUUUCCAGUUGCGUAAAAUGCAACAAACGACAAACUAAUGUCCAAACCAAUCUUUGUGAUCUAAUAUGCACGUACCACCAGUUUGUACAAGCAGCUAAGAAGGCCGCUGAGAGGAACGACCAGGAAUUGCAUCUCAAACUGCUUUCCCGACAGUGCACUGCACUAACUGCUGCUGUUUUUUGCCUGACUCAGCAGUUCAGGACAUUAUUAUUCCUGUAAAAUGAGAUGAGCAUUUCCCUCUUUAUAACUGUCUAUGAAAAUAUUUUCAUUGACACUA